GACAAAGUGGCGCUCGUGGCCUCUUUUUGAUUCCAAGAACCACCAAGGCGGCGCCGAGGGUUUCCCUAGGGUUUUAGCUCGGCCGGUGAUGCAAUCCGUGGCUGCUCUUGCUAGGUCGGAGAUGCAGACAGAGGCGCGGAUCGAGGUGGUGGCGGAGGGCGGAGGCGCGCAGAGGUCCCUCCUCUCCGGUGGCAGCGUUCUUCACCGCCACGAACAGCGUCAGCCGCAGAUAGAGACAGUGGCGCGUCUCCUCUCUGGUGGCGUCGCCGGAGCCGUUAGCAAGACCUGCACGGCUCCGCUCGCUCGUCUUACCAUCCUCCUUCAGGUGCAAGGCAUGCAUUCCGAUGUAGCAACUCUAAGGAAAGCUAGUAUAUGGCGUGAAGCUUCUCGCGUUGUCUAUGAAGAAGGUUUUAGAGCAUUUUGGAAAGGGAAUUUGGUGACUGUUGUGCAUCGACUACCUUAUUCAUCUAUUAGCUUUUGUUCUUACGAGUGGUACAAACAUCUACUCCAGUUAAUUCCUGGGCUGAGUAGGCAUAGAAAUAGUGAAAGCGCAGAUGCAUGCGUGCGACUGUUGGGUGGUGGUUUGGCAGGAAUAACGGCUGCUUCCAUCACUUAUCCAUUGGACCUCGUGAGAACUCGUCUUGCAGCUCAGACAAACACCAUGUAUUAUAGAGGCAUUUCACAUGCCCUUUAUGCUAUUUGCAGAGAUGAGGGUGUCAAAGGGUUAUACAAGGGUCUUGGAGCAACAUUGCUGGGCGUUGGACCUAGUCUAGCCAUCAGCUUUUCUGUAUAUGAAACCCUGAGAUCUCAUUGGCAAUUGAAAAGGCCACAUGACUCUGCUGUCUUAGUUAGUUUGGCCAGCGGAAGUCUUUCUGGCAUUGCGUCAUCAACGGUGACAUUCCCAUUGGAUCUCGUCCGACGGAGAAAGCAGUUGGAGGGGGCAGCUGGAAGGAGCCGUGUGUACACGACGAGCCUGUUUGGGACAUUCAGGCACAUACUUGGCACCGAGGGUGUUCGAGGCUUGUACAGAGGCAUUUUGCCGGAAUACUACAAAGUUGUUCCCGGAGUCGGCAUCGCUUUCAUGACCUUUGAGGCACUAAAGUCAUGCCUUUCUGGGUCACCUAAUGAGCGGUAGCCCGAAGCACUUUCUGAUCUUUAGAAUCAGCUAUUGAUACUUGCUGAGUUAACUGGAGAGAGCUCGAAGAAGCAACCUUAUGGAACCACCUGGUGGUAGAACUUUUGUGAUUGCGACAUCAACAUGUGAUCUAUAUUUACGUGAGAAACAGGUCAAAUUGUAUUUAGUAGGCUAUGCACGACAGUCAUCUCUCAGUUUUGUUAUCGGCAUUUCUUUUAUGACUUCCUGCCUUCAACAUGUGAUCUAUAUUUACGGCAUUUCUUUUCUCCA